GCCGCCGGCUAUGAAAAGAAGAAGAAAAGGAGGUAAAGAGGUACAGAAAGAGGCAAGGAGAUAAAGCAAAAGAGGCAAAGAGGUAAAGAGAUAAAGAGGUCAAAGAAAUGAUUGCUACUUCGGAAAUGCAUAUUUAUAUCUUCGGCUAUAUCCACACAAAGCGAUCAAGUACAAUCAAUACGCCUAGUCUACUUAUCUUCUAUCUUUACUAUCCAACGACCUAAUACAUCUACUCAUACCUGUCCAUAUAUAUCAGUCUAUAUAUACCCCAAGAUCUCCUUCCACUCGUCAAUGAAUAGACAGACAAACAAACAAACGUUCCCCAGUCCUCCCCUCCCCUCUCCAAUUUCGUUCAUCAAUAUUGCAUGGCUGACUCCAUCCCAGGGGUUGAAAUUAAUCAUUCUCCUGCGUGCUCUAGUGAUCACAUCUGUACUCUGUGGACGAGUGUAAAUCGAAUCAAACUCCCCAACCCAUUCCCAUCAAUUCCCAUUCAUCGCCGUUUUAACCCUCACGUAAAUUUCCAAAUCGUUUUUCGCACAUGCAUUUCUCGAGUUGAUCGAUACGGACCAGUGGGUAGGCAAUAACAAGAUGCCGAUAUCUGAAAGCAGCACGGCAUACUCAAGUUCGGGGAUUAAAAUUGAUCAAAGGGGUUACCAUAAGCCCUAAUCCGCUGAUCCCCCAGACGUAAAUCCUCAUUAGCGUUGGAACUUUGAUUGCCUUGUUGCAAAAAUUUUAUCCGUGAGUGGGAUGAUGAAUGGAGUGUACCGACCCGUUCUGUCUAGCUAGCUAUCUACCUACCGUGCCUACCUAGCUAUUGAUUUUGUGGUUUCUUAUCCCAAUCGAGCUUGUCAUUGUUCACUGUUUAUACUGUACGAGUACUAGCUCUGUCCGUCUAUCUACUUCGCUACUUCGUAUAGUUAGCUACUCGAGUAUAUACACGCACACAUACACAUAUACAACUUCCAAGCUUAGCCAAAGACGAGAAGAAAAGAACCAACCGAGUCAAUUAUCUCCAAUUCGGCAUCAAUCGAAAUCGAAAUCGAGAUCAAAAUCAAAUCGAAAUCAACCCGAGUCAUCCAUCAUCUCUAAUUCGCCAUUCCAUCUAUCAAAAAUCAUCCCGAACGACCCCGAACGGCAAAAAAAAAAAAUACCAAGCCUUCGUUCGGGUCGCUCCCAACUUCACCCUCGAAACGGAGAAACCCCAAAUCCUCAAUUCUCAAACAAGAAAACAGAAUUCAUCAUGGCCUCACCCGAUUUUCGUCUCCCCAUGGCCUACAGCUGGUUCUUCCUCAUCAUCGAACCCAUCUCCACCCUAGCCGGAGCCUACUACGCCUACUUCCAACCGCACAAAUAUCUGCUCCUCACACACGCCGCGUCAUCCCCCUACCCCACCCCCAACGCCAUCCCGCUCUCCAGCCACAUCGCCCUCACACAACUCGCAAACCUGUAUCUCCUCCUCGCGCUCAACGAAGCCCUCGUCCUCCGCUGCACCUCGGAUCUGCGCGUCUGGAAAGUCUUCCUGUUUGGUCUGCUGGUGGCUGAUUUCGGCCACCUGUAUAGCGUCCGCGAAUUGGGCUGGAGUAUUUACUGGAACGUGCCGAGUUGGAAUAAAAUGGCGUGGGGAAAUUUGGGAUUUGUGUAUGUGGCGGCCGGGAUGCGGAUUGCGUUUUUGAGGGGCUGCGGGUUGGGCACGGAGGAGGCGCAGAGGAAAGCUGUGAGGUCGCAAACUUUAGCGAAGGGGCUGAAGGGGGCUUGAGGGGUUGUGGUUUCUCUGUCUGUAGAUAUAUAUACUCCUUCUACUCGUCAGAUAUCUGGGUACUGGCAAAGUUGAAAAAGUGCCCAGCGUGAAAUGAUUGAUACUUGUACCUGCCCAGGUAACUCUGCACCGCCCGCCUUCUGAUUGUUAUGUUGAGACAAAGUCAAGUGAUUCCAAGGAGCUUCGUAUUUUCUUCCUAUAUAUUAAUAAGUUUAAGAUACAUGUAUGAUUUUAUCGUUGUCUCGGCUAGGUUUUUCAUCAACGAUUCGAUUCAUUAUCGUUAUUCCAUCCUCUUUCUCUCUUCUACAUUGCAUGUUAGUAGCUUCUACUCUAUAUGCACUGCACCUUGGUAUCGAACUCGAAGUAACCCUCAUCAGAGAUAAUCUGUCACGAUUAGGGACCUGGUAAAGUUGAAGUUCUUUUUUCGUUCACUCUCCAAACUGGCCAUCUGUGUUACUAUAGUUAGCAAUACCAUAUCUGGAUAAAUGCUGCACUCUUAUAAGUAUGAAUAUUCCCUAUUUCUUCCUAGUCUCAAAAAGCAGGAAUCCGGUUUAUGAAUAUAAAUUCACAUGCUGUACCAGAGAGGAGAGAGUGGCCGACCUGCUUCUUGACCAGUUCACGGAUCGGUGGCGUAGUCAUGUAUAGGAUGGCGUUUUGGAAAGACGCAUGAUGUUGGCGAAAUUUGGGAAUUUUGUACGAGAAAGUUUUGUUCGUGUGGAGAUGGUUCAGGGGUGGAAAUUUGAGAAUGGAAAAUCACUGCGUCGAUGUAUUGCUUCUAUGGUGUCAACUGGGAAUGAUGAUAUAUCCUUGGAUAGUACUAGAGGAUAUCAAAUAGUAUGGUAUGGGUUAUGGUCGAGUGGGAUAUCCCGUCUUCUGUCAUCCUUUUCGAUUUCUCGGGUUUUAUCGUUUAUCUCGCGCACUGUCAUUGUGGAUGAAUACAUUGAGAUUACCUUCGAAUCGGUAUGAUGUAUUUACA